AUGCCUCUCCUUCCCAGACCUCCCGCCGAAGACUAUAAGUCACUUCUCUGGAAGCUUCGGUCCUUCUCCAUUGGAAAGGAGCAGAAGAACACCGACCCUACAUUCCUCUUUAUGGACCGUGCGAACGCCGAAUUCGGCUUUGUUGACAGCACAUCCUUCAGCAUUGCCUCUGUUCUGCGCUUUCCAGAAACCGACGAGCCUAUAUACUUCCAGGCCAAGACUGCGCGCGCAGCAGCCUGGCGAGACAAGAGCAAGAAAGUCUCGGUCCUGUUCCAACACCUUCAAGUCGAUAUUGAGUUUGCGUCGCCAGAUCGUGCACGUGGCUUUUUGGAUGUGCUGGAGGAUAUUGCGACGGCGGCUGGCAACCACUUCUUCUACAGCUAUGAAGUGCCACAGAAGGUUGCAUUCGUCAAGACCGACUUCGACAUGGAACAGCAAGGUUUCACGAGCCGAGCUCCGCGGCCUUGGAUGGCCGUUCCUGCCGACUCUUCUGAAUGGCCUCGCCUACGGAAAACGGGCGAAUGGUCAGACUUCACCAUUGUCGCAGGUGGUAGCCAAUUCCGCGUCCAUCGCGUCAAGCUUUGCAAAGAGUCGCACUACUUCAAAGCAGUUUGCGGUGGUGGCUUCGCAGAGACCGCAAAGCAAUCCAUCGAACUCCCAGAGUCAGCGCAAGUCGUCUCCACUCUCCUAGAUGAGAUGUAUGGUGUAUAUAACCCGACCACUGGUUCUAUCUUCACCAACUUUGCGCCUCGUAUGGAAAUUGAGAAAGAGCAAAUGAUGAACCAACUCCUGGACCUCUUCAUCGCCGCGGACAAGUACAACCUCGAACCUAUUAAGCGCCGCGCCGCCGAAGCCAUCAUUGACCGCCUGCCCUUCAUCACCGACCCGCUCAUGAUCGUCGACCUGGCUACAUGCAUCUACGACGACCAAUGCCCGGAGGACGAUCGCGGGUUGCGCAAAGCCAUCAUCGAGUGUGUGAGGAUGAGGAUGCCUGCCAUACUACAGGAUGAGAGUGCGUGGGAGGAGUUCUCGGAGAACAAGAACGUGUUGAGGGCCUUCCACAUGUCGCAAUGUGAGGCGGUUGAGGGUGGUGGUAUGAUUGGGUGGGGAGGCGGAGGUAAUAUGAUGUCGCCGCCUGCUACGCCUAGGUAG